AUGCUAACUUUCCUAAACACUUAAUGUAAAUAUGCUAGAAUAUUUUGAGAGUAACUUGUUCUUCAAGUCUUUCCUUUUAGUCUUGAUGGUCUUCAUGGGUUUCAUGGGCUUCACAAUCUUGGUCCGUAAGAUACACAUCUUACGGCCCACAUAUCUCUAAUAAUAUGUGUUGUAAUUAUUUGUAACGACUCAAAAAUAAAGUGGGUAAGUUUUCGAAGACAUCGCAACACAUAAAAUCCGUAAACCAAUCCGACUUUCCAUAAGAUCAAAAUGGGGUUUAUGAAAAAUGAAUCACAACUUAAGUAAAGUCAACGGAUGUUAAAUCCACCCUGUCGCUCUUGUUUGCUCCUUUGGAAAAACAAAAGUCAACUAUUAUUUUAUAUGCUUGCUUUGUAGGUUUGUGUAUGUCAAUUCUUUUUUGUAAAAAAGGGUCAACUUCUCUGUGCAAAAACUUUUGAUAGCCAGAUAAUUAAAAAAUGGAUCAACGAGAAAAGAGAUUUUUGUUUUUGUUUUAAGAACUAUGGCAUAUAUAUGCGUUGACACCUCAGACAUGUGUAGAUGAAUAAGCUCAUUUUUGUAACAGUAUAUGUAAGUGUACUAUAGGUGACUUUAAUUGGUUAAAUUGUAAGUUUUAUGGUUAAACAAGUCGGAAUUCAAACUAAAUAAAGAUGAUAUGAAAAAUCUGAAUCUAAUACUGGAGUUUUCACUUUAUUAUAUUUGUAUAGUUAAAUAAAAGAAUAUAAUAAGAAGUAGGAUAUAUAAAACAUCAUAAAAUCGAAGCAAAUUAACUAAAACGUAGGAUUAGAACUAGGCUGGUUUUCAAGUGUAGCAGUUUCCUGGGUUACUUUUUGACUCCCCAAAGCUAUAUAAAUCGAUAUUAACGUUCCGUUCCAUAUGAUUAGAAUUUUCAUAUACUAAUAUUGUUAUAAGUUAUGACAAACUUAAAUUCUUCAUACGAUGUGUCAUUAAUUAGCCAAAAAUUAUAACACUUGUAGAAACGCUACAGUUAGACAAGAAUAACAGUUGUGAAAGAAAUAUACUUAUACUGAUUGAUAUACCCUUGUAUUAAAAUAUAAACAGCACCAUAAUUAAUUAGUUUUCUACAAGAACUAUAGGAAAUUCCAAAUCCCACAAACCAUAGAAGAACAAACAUGCCGACAAUUAACACUUUUACACUCUCCUCUAAAUAAAAUCCAAUUUGGUGACCAAAGAUAUAUGGCUAGCUCACGCAACCAAUGCUUAGGGUACUUAAAUAAUGUAUAUGAUAUUUUAUAACACUAUGAUUUAUAUUUCUCGUCAGUUGGUUGGUUGAUCACAAAUCACUCAUAAAAUAUAACUAAAAUGUUCUCAUGUAAAUAAUAUGAUAUGUACACUCAAAACGUUAUUUUAAUCAAGUUGUAUGUGUCAUGGAGGGCAGGUCCACCGCUGUUUCGUCCAACACCUUCUUUACCAUUUUGAUAUUCACCUGUGUUGUUAAUUAAAUGUUUUUGACUAACCAACAAUCCUAUAAUUUUAAAUUUACAUAACUACCUAUAUAUAUAAUCACCAACCGCCUCAUAGGGAUAAUUAUUCCACGGCAUACCAAUUAUUUUUGUUUAAACUAUACAUCUCAGAAAAAAAGGAUCAAAUAUUUUCUCAAAGAAUCCAUGGAGGUUACUCAAUAUCAUCAAAGUUUUAAUGAAGGUUCGAGUUCUAGGGUUUCCAUGAACAAGAACUCACAAGUAAUAUCCAAGACCAAGCCCAAGAUUCGCAUCAUCCACAUAUUCGCUCCUGAGGUCAUCAAGACUGACGUCAAGAAUUUUCGUUCACUCGUCCAAAGUCUAACCGGAAAACCCACAGCCGGAGAAGUCAAAACCGAUAAAAAGAGAGCCAACCCGAGAGUUUCGACGUCUCAAGAACCCGUUUGCAGAGAUCAUCAGCCGGUUAAUCGGCUAACGGGUUUCACAGAUUUAUUAGAAAACGGAGGAAACCAUCAGGUGAAAGAAGAAUGGGGAUCUGGUGAUCAUAAGCGUACUUCCAACACAAACACUUACUUUGACCUAGAAGGUUUGAUUCAAGAUGUAGGAGAAGAUUACUUCUCUUCGUUUCCCGUGAGAUCUUCUUCUUCUUCACAAGUGGAAGGUUUCAUCUUCAACAACAACCACAACACCAACAACAACUUCGAUACAAAGGGUCAUAAUUCUUCAUAAAUAACCACAGUUAAUUUCUACGGUUUUCUGAUUUUGCAUUCGCGUUUGAUCAGAUCUAAUCGUUUGAGGCAUGAAAUUAAACGAAGAAGGUUAUGCUUUUUAGGAACAAAGGCAUAGAAGUUGUAUUUUGAUUUUGAUGGGCACGUACGAUGACAAACUGGACUUUUUUGGUAGACUGACUUUGCCAAGGUUGGGGGUUGUAAUGAAAAGGAAAAGUUUGAUUUAUGUGCAGCCCUUCCCGGAGAAGUGACUGUAUCUAAUUAAGUGGUGAUCUUCGGUCCAAGAACCCUAGCUGUUUUGAUAUGUAACUUCAUUCAUGUGCUACUAUAUAUUGGAUGUGUAAUAAAAAAUUCUUUGGUGCGUGUAUAUGAUUUGAUUAUCAGCUGUAUUUUUUGGAGGAAAGUUUUUAUGGUACUUAUUAGAAGAUUGACUAAAAUAGUUUUUACAGUAUAGUAAUUCUUUCUCUUGGUUAAAAUAGUUUUUACCGAUUCUUCUGUUAAUAUUCAACGUGUCAUAUGGUGAUCUCGUAUCUCUUG